AUGGCGGCGGCGGCGGCGGCGCGGCUGGUCCUGGUGGGGCUGGUGCUGGGGGCGGCGCGCGCCGGGCGGGUCCCGCUGCUGGGCUGGUCCGGCCACAGCGCGCUCUGGCCCCCCCUGGCCGACAGCUUCGAGGGACACGUGGUCGGCGCGGCCCAGCUGAGGUCGCUCCUCGGCCCCGCCCUGGAUCGGGGCCCCCGCAACGUCCUGCUCUUCCUGCAGGAGCAGCUCAGCCUGGAGGAUUUCACAGCGUAUGGGGGGGUCUUUGGCAACAAGCCUGACAGCGCCUUCCCCAGCCUGGAGCGCGCCCUGGCGGGGGCCCCCUCAACCCUGGUGCUCCCGGCGGUGCAGGGGGCGGCGGCUGCCGGGGUCCUGGGGCUGCUGGAGGAGACGCUGGGGCUGAGCCCCCUGAACGUGGAGCCGGGCGCCUUGCGGGAGCUGGGCCUCAACGCCAGCCAGCCGGCCCUGCUGCUGGUGCGCCUGCCCCCCGCUGCCGGUUCCAGCCUCAUGGCCCCCAAGGAGGUGCUGAUGAGCAAUGAUGAGAUCAUCGGGCAGGUGCUCAGCGCCCUGAAGGAGGAGGAUGUGCCGUACACGGCGCUGCUGACGGCUGGAGCCCCCUCACGGGUUCUCCGGGACGUCUCUGGGGUGGCCCCCGGGCGAGUGGGCCGCCAGCUGCUGCAGAAGCCGACCCCAGCACCAGCGCAGCACCCCCCGGUGCGGUACCCCCUGACGGGCGAGCCCCAGAUCCUCUUCUGGGCCCAGAACUUUUCUGUGGUCCAGGGCAGCAAGUGGGUCGACCUGACGCCCCAGACAUUUGGGGCCGAGGCCUCCGUUGAUGUGAGCGGCUCGUUCUGGAGCUCCAACGAGUCUCGGCUGGUGCUGAAGUAUGCCAACGUUCUGGGGUCCCCUCUGACAGCCACCUUCCACAUGACCAGCUGGCGGUUUCCUGUCUCCGGCCGGGACUGGUUCCAGCUGAGCCGCCUGGAGCUGGUGACCCCCUCGGCCAGCCCCACUGUGUUCAACGCCUCGCAGGUGACGGCCCCCAGCAACUACUCCUGGCGCUGCGCCUACCUCAGCAGCCUGCCGGGCUUCGGGGCUGGCCUCCUGCCCCACGGCCCCGGCCCCAGCCCCAGCUGGGGGGUGCUGCUCCAGGAUGUGCAGCUGCAGGGGUUCAAUGUGCUGGGCCUGCAGUUCUCCUACGCCAGCGACUGCGCCGGGUUCUUCGCACCGGGCACCUGGAUGGGGCUGCUCACGGCCCUGCUGCUCGGCGCCAUCUUCGCCUGCGGCCUCCACGUGCUGCUGGCCCUCAAGACCAUGGACCGGUUCGACGACCCCAAGGGGGCCACCAUCGCUGUGCCCCAGGGCGAGUAGGGCGGGGCUGGGCCCUGCCCCCCCCUGCAGCUGGGAAACCCUGGGUCUGCACUGGGGCCUCAGCUGUGCCCCCUCUGGCGGGGAUCCCCCAGGCUCUGUACCCCCUUCUCUUCCCCCUCCGACACCCAGCCCUGGGCCCUGCUGCCCCCCUCCUGCCGGGGAUCCCCAAGGCUGUGUACCCCCUUCUCUUCCCCCUGCGCUGACACCCAGCCCUGGGCCCGGCUGCCCCCCUCUGGUGGGGAUCCCCAAGGCUCUGUACCCCCUUCUCUUCCCCCCGAUACCCAGCCCUGGGCCCUGCUGCCCCCCUCCUGCCGGGGAUCCCCCAGGCUCUGUACCCCCUUCUCUUCCCCCUCCGCUGACACCCAGCCCUGGGCCCGGCUGCCCCCCCCCCCCGGCAGGGAUCCCCCAGGCUCUGUACCCCCUUCUCUUCCCCCUGCGCUGACACCCAGCCCUGGGCCUGGCUGCCCCCCUCCUGCCGGGGAUCCCCCAGGCUCUGUACCCCCUUCUCUUCCCCCUCUGCUGACACCCAGCCCUGGGCCUGGCUGCCC